UUCCUCCCUCACUCCUCUACUGUUACCUGGAAGACUCUUGUGAAAGUAAAGUGGAACGCCUUUGGGAAUCAAACUAGAAUAGUCAGUAAACAAUUACAGGCAAACUGUGACUACAUUUCAGGAAAGAAAUGUAAGAGUUGAACAAAAUUGAAGUUGAUUUCUUUAUUUGCAAAUAUAGAUAGUUGGUCCCAAGCUGGGGUGGUGGCUCCAUGAUGUCAGGGCUAAGGAUCCUCCUCUCUGAUUCUAUUGCACUAGAUCAUCUUGAACUUGUAAAUCCCAUAUGGUGGUCCAAGAGGACUGCAGUCAUCUUAGACCUGCACCCUGCACCCAAACUAGCAGGGAAAAUGCAAACCAAGGGAAUAAUAAGGGCCUAUCACUCCUUUAAGACAUUUCAUGGCAGCUGCACAUACACCUUCCGCUUAUAUGCCAUUGGCCACGAUUUGGUCAUACAGCCAACCCAGCCAUAACAGAGGGUGGAAAUGCAGUCUUUAUACCAUGUGCCAUGUACUUUGCUGAAACUUGGGGAUUCUAUUACUACAGAUUUUAAAAGGGAUUGUGACUGAAAAAAAAGUUUGUUUGUUUUUUAAAUAGAAUAGAAUAUCAAAUACUGAGGGAUAAAUAGCAGCCCACCCUAAAGUUCCUCUUUCCCUUUUUUGUAAGGACCAGUGUUAUAGUACUUACUAAGGACUGAGCACUGUCCUAAGUAUUGUUUGUUUUGGUUUGGUUGUUUGAUUGAUUCAUUAAAUAGUGUAAUCCUUACAAUAACACUCUGAGUAAGGUUCUAUUAUUCACAUUUUACAAUUGAGGAAAUUGAAGCACAGAAAAAUGAAAUAACUUGCUCAAGGUAACACAGCUAGAAAAUUGCAGAGGUGGAAUUUGAACCAGGCAAUUUGGCUUAUCCAUUAUACUAUACCACCUUCUCUCUGCUAUAUUUCAAAAUAUUUUUAGUUCUUUAGAUGAAGCAAGGGAAAAGGCCUAAUCUACAUAUUUUUUUUUAUUCAGAAAACAAAUGAACAGAAGAUAUAAGUAUAAUAUACCUAUUAGCUAGUAAUUUCAAGGACUCGCUUACAGGGCCUUUUUCUACAUUCUGGGCCUUUUCGACACCUAUUUUCCUUUCCAGAAACAUUUUUGCAGGCUGCUUCCUUAUCAUUCAAUUCUGAGUUCUAAUGUCACCUCCUAAAAAAAAGCCUUCCUGACCCUCCUAUUUAAAUCUGCAGCUAUCUCCACCCAUCAUUGCUUCUUUCGUAGCACUUAUCACCCUCUAAAAUCAUUUUUCAUACUUACUUGUCUAUUGCUUGUCUCUCCCUACCAGAAUGUAAGGUAGAGACACAGGUUUUCUCUACCUCAUUCUUACUUCCCAGUUGCCUCAGCAUCUAUGUUUGCAAUUAAUAUUUGGUAAAUAUGAGAAAAAGAAAAAUAGCCCUUGGUGUCAGGAACGGAACUGACACUUAACCUUAGCGUUGUUAGGAAUUGACUGUGGGGUUGCCCUGUGAAAACAUAAUCUCACAACACACUAACAUCAUACCAGGUCAUUCUGUAAUCAUGAUGAAGUGAGAUUACAAACAAGAUCGCAGUAUUUUUGCCUAACCACAGAUAAAAACAAGGUCACAGCGCAAACUACAAAAAUAUCAAACUAUCCUCCUCCCCCAGCUAUGAUUGUUGCUUCUUUACCAAUUACAGCUUUAACCUAGCACUUUCCCUCCCUCCUUUUAGGUAAGAGGUAGUAAGAUUCCCAAUCGCGGCAGACUCCACAGCUAAUGGGCGCCCUGAGUCACACUCCAUAGCCAAUCCCAGGCCACAUCCAGGCUUGCCCCCACCUGUACACAAUAAUUUCUCCCUGCACCCAAUCGUCUUCCGAACCUCCCUGAAGAGUAUAUGCUUUUAAUCAAAGAUUACUUUUGUUUCUUUUUUUUAGAACAGAGUAGCAAUGCUAACGGCUCUCCCACUCCCUCUAGCCUCUCAUCCUCUUAAAAUGGAAGACAAUCUAAACAUAAAACUCAAUUUUUAACAAAAACUCUCCUUUCGCUGACACUGCCCUCCCCAAAGAAGUCACCAGUGGUUUCCUUCCUUGUUUUCCUAGAGAUUUUUCUUUUCCGCUUUUUAACCCCUCACCCCCAUCUCAAAUGACAAAUACAUCCGGGAACUCCUUUUCACACUCUCUCUAGCCUUGCCCUGUCUUAGGCGCCUUGCAAAGUUAUUCUAACCCGACCCCACCACUUGUACAAGCUCAGCGGCCCCAUAGCUUGCUCAUUCUUGCACACCAGUCCACGUCCCAUAACCUGCCCCAACCCAAUCAGCCGCUUGCAUCCGAUUUGAGCCCUGGACCUAAAUUCCACGUCUAUUUGCAAGUCCCGCCCGCCUAACAGCAGUCCUUCACCGCCGCCUGCCAGAACCAGCGCGUGAUCCAGGAGGACUCCACAGCCAAUGCGCACCUUGAGACCGCACCCACAGCCAAUCCCCGGCCACGUCCAGACCCGCCUCCAUCCUGUCCCCUUCCUCCCUAAGGCCAACCCGCGGCCCACCCCUCUCCCUGCUCCAUUUCCAUCCAGUCCGCGAUCGCGGCGGGCCUCACAGCCUAGGCGCGCCUUGAGUCACACUCCACAGCCAAUCCCGUGCCACAUCAGUCUCGCCCCCCCCCCCACCCCGCCCCCUUGUUUCCACCAGCCCGGGAUUCCCAAAAUCCCGCUCCUCCCCUCCCCCCAAAAAACACCCCUCAACCAGUCUCAUCCAGUCCAAAAAUCCCGGCCGACCCCUUCACCAAAGCGCGCACUGAGCGCAAACCUCAGAGUCAAUCCCUGUCCCGGCUCCGCCCCCCGCGUCCGAACCCCGCCCAGCCGGGCCCUCAAGCCCAGGCGGGACUCGAGCCUGGAGUGGCGAGAUUCUCGCGCCUGGAUGUCUUUGGCCCAGAGGAGCCUCUGCUUUCUUAGUGGGAGAGCAGAAUUCUUGAAGACAAUUUCUUCCAAAAUCCUCGGAUUCUCUACUUCUAAAAUGUCAUUGAAAUUCACAAAUGCGAAACGAAUUGAAGGACUUGACAAAAAUGUGUGGAUUGAAUUUACCAAAUUGGCUGCAGACCCUUCUGUUGUGAAUCUUGGCCAAGGCUUUCCAGAUAUAUCCCCUCCUAUAUAUGUAAAAGAAGAAUUAUCAAAGAUUGCAGCAAUUGAUAGCCUGAAUCAAUAUACACGAGGCUUUGGCCAUCCAUCACUUGUGAAAGCUCUGUCCUACCUGUAUGAAAAGCUUUAUCAAAAGCAAAUUGAUUCAAAUAAAGAAGUCCUUGUGACAGUAGGAGCAUAUGGAUCUCUUUUUAAUGCCAUUCAAGCAUUAAUUGAUGAGGGAGAUGAAGUCAUAAUAAUAGUGCCUUUCUAUGACUGCUAUGAGCCCAUGGUGAGAAUGGCUGGAGCAACACCUGUUUUUAUUCCUUUGAGAUCUAAACCUGUUGAUGGAAAAAAAUGGUCUAGUUCUGACUGGACAUUAGAUCCUCAAGAACUGGAAAGUAAAUUUAAUUCCAAAACAAAAGCUAUUAUACUAAAUACUCCACAUAACCCACUGGGCAAGGUAUAUAACAAAGAGGAACUCCAAGUAAUUGCUGACCUUUGCAUCAAAUAUGACACACUCUGCAUCAGCGAUGAGGUUUAUGAAUGGCUUGUAUAUUCUGGAAAUAAGCACUUAAAAAUAGCCACUCUUCCAGGUAUGUGGGAGAGAACAAUAACGAUAGGAAGUGCUGGAAAGACUUUCAGUGUAACUGGCUGGAAGCUUGGCUGGUCCAUUGGUCCGACUCAUUUGAUAAAACAUUUACAGACAGUUCAACAAAAUACGAUUUAUACUUGCGCAACUCCUUUACAAGAAGCCUUGGCUCAAGCUUUCUGGAUUGACAUCAAGCGCAUGGAUGAUCCAGAAUGUUACUUUAAUUCUUUGCCAAAAGAAUUAGAAGUAAAAAGAGAUCGGAUGGUAUAUUUACUUGAAAGUGUUGGCCUAAAACCCAUAGUUCCUGAUGGAGGAUACUUCAUCAUUGCUGAUGUGUCUUCACUAGAUCCAGACCUCUCUGAUAUGAAUAAUAAUGAGCCUUAUGACUAUAAAUUUGUGAAAUGGAUGACUAAACAUAAGAAACUAUCAGCCAUCCCUGUUUCAGCAUUCUGUAACUCAGAGACUAAAUCACACUUUGAGAAGUUUGUGCGAUUUUGCUUCAUUAAAAAAGACAGCACACUGGAUGCUGCUGAAGAAAUCAUCAAGGCAUGGAGUGUCCAGAAGUCUUGAUAUGUGCAGAAUGGAUUAAUGUUUCUAUUAGAGGACCUGGGAUGGAAUUGUUACCUAGUGCUGCCACCUGCUGGAUGUUAUAAGAUAUUUCAGUACAACUGGAAUUAAACUUAUUUCCAUUGUUUUUCCAAAGCGGUUAACCCAACUCCUAACAAUACUCAGGAGAUCUGACCUUUUUUUUUUUUUUUUUUUCAGUUGAAAUGUAUUAACACAUCUUCCAAUAUCAUUUUGUAAGAGUCAGCAUAACAUAGUGGGUAAGAACUUUGAGAUGUUUAACCUCUCUGUAACUCAGUUCAAUCACUGUAAAAUGGGGAUUAAAAACAGCACCUGAUUCAUAUGAGGGUCGUUUGUGAGGAUUAAAUGGACUAAUGUAUGCAAAGCCUGGCAAACAAUAAACACUCAGCUGACUUUA